AUGGAGGCGCCUGCGAUAGAGGGAGUCUGUCGGAAGCCAGCAAUGGCGAGUCAUCAUCAAGAAGCAAGUAUACUAAAGGAUUGGGAAACGUUGUUGCAAGGAAAAGCAGCAGUAUGUUCAGUUAACUUGCUUACUUAG